AUGGGCGUGGCCAGGAGUCCUGAGGGCGUGACCGGUACUCUCGGGGGCGUGACCGAAGCCACACCGGGGCGUGGCCUGGACGUCUGGGGGCGUGACCAGGAUGCGAUCGGGGCGUGGCCAGGGCGUUACCGGGACUCUGUGAGGCGUGGCCGGGACGUGGCCGUGCGGCGGAAGUGGCGCCAGGAUUCAAAGCUGCGCUGGCGGCGGAAGUGGCGGUUGGGCCGGGCCCGCGGCGGUGCCGGGAUGGUGCUGCCCUCGAAGGGGCCGGGGCAGCCCCUGCGGUGCCGGUGGCGGGCGCUGGCCGAGAGGAACCAGAGCGUGGCCGCCGUGGGCGCCUGGGUGGAGAGCGCGCCCGGGCAGCAGAGCCCGGCCUUUGCCUCAGCAUCCCGGGUGGAGGAGCAGCUGAAGGAGCAGCAGCAGCAGAAGGCAGCCAGCCUGAGGAGGUUCCAGGGCGAGGUGAGGCAGCGCGUGAACCGGCAGGCCAGGCUGCGCCGCAGGCUGGAGCUGCAGAAGGCCUACGAAGCUGUGGAGAGGGAGAACAGUGCUGCUGUGCAGUACUCAGCCCCCUGGAAGAACACGUGCCUGUUCCAGAGCCUCCCUGCUGCCAUCAUCUGUGCACCCAGUGGCUGUGACCCAGCCCAGCCAGAAGGGGAGCACGGGGAGCCGUUCCAGCAGCAAGCUGCCGAGCUGAGCAGGGCAGUGCAGCAGGUGCGGCGCAGGCUGGCGUCCCGCAGGAUCCUGUCCCACGCGUCCCACGGAGCCUGGAGGCAGCAGGAUCCAGAGCCUUGCCCAGCACCUGCAGUGCCCAUGGAGGAGAGUGAGGAGCUGCUGCUGGCAGGACACCACGAUCUGCCUGCUGAGCUGCUGGAGCAGGGCACAGCUGCACGUGCCACUGGGCAGGAUGAUGGCUUCUACAUCAAAAUUGAGUUUAAAAAAGUCUGUGGUGGCACAGUGAAGGACUCGAGCCCUCCUGGGAGGCCACCCAGUGAAUGCCAACCUCCCCUCAAGCUCUGGGCUGGUGUGGAGCAAGAGGAAAGCAGGAAGCAGCGGCAGAGCGAGUUCCUGCGGUGCCGGCGCCUCUGCAUGGCCCUGGAGCGCGAGCGAGUGCGGCAGCGCCAGCGGCAGCAGGACCGGCAGCACAGAGUGGCCCAGAUUAAGAGGCAGAAGGAGAAUGAGCGGCGGGCAGAGGAGCAGAGGAUGAGAGACGUGGCUGAGCAGAGAGAGCCCUCCCCAGGAGAGGGAACCUGGGCAGCCCUGGCCCAGCUGCAGCUGGAGGAGAGGAGAGUGAGGGACAGACAGCAGCGGGAUAAGGAGCACGUGAGGUAUCUUGAAGCUCUGAGAGCCCAGAUGAAGGAGAAAGUCAAACUCUGUAACAUUGACUUGCCCCCACUGUGUUCCUGUGGGUCUGAUUUUUGGGAUUCCCACCCGGAUACCUGUGCCAAUAACUGCGUCUUCUACAAAAAUCACAAAGCCUACAGCCAGGUGCUGCACUCGGUGAUCUCCUCCUGUGGCCCUGCAGCCACGCGCUCUCUGCAGGACCUGGCUGCUCUCUGUGCCCGCUCGGGGAGGCGCCUGUGACCCAGAGCAGGGAGCGGGGCUGUGCCUGUGCCUGUGCCUGGGCCGUGUCCUGCCUGCCCUCCACGCCAGCUGCCAGGACGGCGUCACCUUUGCUCUCCCAGGCUGUGCUGAGCCUCUCCCACUGUGCCCCAGGGGUGCAGCUGGCCGGGGCGAUGGUCGAUGGUCGAGGUGAAGGAAGCAAUUGCUCUGUGGGGUUGGUUUAUGGCAGGCACUUGCAUUCCAGUAGCUGACUAUUGACUGCACAUCCUUAUCGACUAAUCGUUAUUGUGGAAUAAACUACUUUCAAGGA